AACAACAACAUCCAAAUCCGCGAUUCUUUCCCUUUUUCCUCCUCAUCCUCUCCCUCUCUCUCCUCUUCUUCUUCUUCUUCUCCGUGUUAAAAUCUAAUAACAACAUUAAAGAAGGGGAGCUCGGGCGAGACACACUGGGAGGCAGCGAGCGUCCAACUCCAUUUUUUUUUUCGCUUCUUCUUCUUCUUUUUCUCCUCGACGCCCUCGGUAAGACUAUCGCUCCCGUCUGCUGCUAGUUAACUUAGUUAGUUAGUCCCCUCUCCGCCUCCUCCACCUCGGGCGGAGUGAUCCUGUUGGUGUUUACGGUUGUGAUUUGUUGUCGCACGCGUUCUCGCCUCACACAGCGGACUCGCGUGCACGGCUUCGUCCUCCACCCGCACGAGCGAAUCGGUACCUCCGCGUGCGCCCGUUCGAGCUGCCGUAAAGCGCGUGGCCCCUCAUUCUGGGCAAAAUGGAAAGGAAGUGAAGUUGACAACUUUGGGAACAAACUAAAAGCCCCUGGUGAAAGUUGAUUACGUCAGAACUCCUGCCGCUCCAGCCAGGAGACUCCAGUGGUGACAUCCUGUGGAGCCACAGAUCAAAGGCGAGGGGGCUGUUUCACCACUGCUGGAACUGAACAUUGCUUUAAAUAAGCAAGUCCUUGUAGAAGGUUUUUAAGUCAUGAUGCAAGAAUCUGGGACGGAGGCGACGAGUAACGGACCAGUCAGUCAAAAUGGAGGAGCGAGCAUGGAGGGCGGGUCCAGGGAGGGGCGACCAGAGAGUGCCACUCCGUCAGUGGAGGUGACUGCGGCUGACCUCCUGCAUCUCCAGCAGCACCAGGCUCUACAAGUGGCUCGGCAGAUACUCCUCCAACAGCAGCAGCAACAGCCUCAGUCUCAUCAACUACUGUCUCAACAAAACACUGGCCGCAAAUCCCCCAAAGCCAACGACAAGCAACAAAGCCUACAGGUUCCAGUGUCAGUGGCUAUGAUGACACCUCAAGUGAUAACUCCACAGCAAAUGCAGCAAAUCCUCCAGCAGCAAGUCCUGAGCCCUCAGCAGCUCCAGGUUCUUCUCCAGCAGCAGCAGGCCCUCAUGUUACAGCAGCAGCAACUCCAAGAGUUCUACAAGAAGCAGCAGGAACAGCUCCACCUCCAGCUCCUACAGCAGCAGCAUGCAGGCAGCAAGCAGAGUAAAGAGCAGCAGGUGUCAGCGCAGCAGUUGGCCUUCCAGCAGCAGCUCCUGCAGGUCCAGCAGGUCCAGCAGCAGCAUCUACUCAACCUUCAGAGGCAGGGUCUGCUCACGAUCCAGCCCGGACAGACCGGCCUGCCACUGCACUCCCUCACUCAGGGCAUGAUUCCAGCUGAGCUGCAGCAACUGUGGAAGGAGGUGACGAACGCUCAUGUGAAGGAGGAGCACAACAUCAGCAGCAACAACGGCCACCGGGGCCUUGACCUGUCCUCCCCGGCACCGCCAAAGAACCCACUUCUCAACCAGCAUGCCUCCACCAACGGGCAGUAUAUGAGUCACAAGAGAGAAGGAACUACGUUAGAGGAGCCUUCCCACCACAGUCACCCUCUCUACGGUCACGGUGUUUGCAAGUGGCCUGGAUGUGAGGCAGUGUUUGACGAUUUCCACUCAUUUCUCAAGCAUCUUAACAAUGAGCACGCCCUGGAUGACAGGAGCACGGCCCAGUGUCGGGUGCAAAUGCAGGUCGUACAACAGCUGGAGCUGCAGCUAUCGAAAGACAAAGAGCGUCUGCAAGCGAUGAUGACGCACCUUCAUGUCAAGUCCACGGAGCCCAAAGCCACCCCACAGCCGCUCAACCUUGUGUCCAGCAUCACGUUGUCCAAGUCGGCCCCUGAGGCCUCCCCCCCUCUGAGCCUGCCCCAGACCCCGACCACACCCACAACACCCCUCACACCCCUGUCCCAGACCCACUCUGUCAUCACAGCCAACAGCCUCCACAGCAUGGGCCCCAUGCGACGGCGCUACUCAGAAAAGUACAACAUGCCCAUCUCUCCAGAUAUCAUUCAGAACAAAGAGUUUUACAUGAACGCAGAAGUUAGACCGCCGUUCACGUACGCCUCGCUAAUAAGACAGGCAAUUCUCGAGUCUCCAGAAAAGCAGCUAACACUAAACGAAAUCUACAACUGGUUCACACGAAUGUUUGCAUAUUUUAGACGCAACGCAGCAACGUGGAAGGGUGCCAUUCGCACCAACCUAUCCCUGCAUAAGUGCUUUGUGAGAGUAGAGGAUGAGUUUGGGUCCUUUUGGACCGUUGAUGAUGAGGAGUUUAAGCACGGCCGGCACAUACAGCGAGGCCGCCCUCGGAAAUACACCGCUGAUGAGAACUUUGAUGAGCUGCUCGUACAAAGUCCAGCCUUAGUGAAGAACAUUCAGACCAGCCUGGGCUAUGGUCCGACCCUCUCUGCUGCCUUCCAGGCUUCAAUGGCAGAAAACAACAUACCUCUAUACACUACUGCUUCCAUUGGAAGUCCUACCCUCAACUCCUUGGCCAAUGCCAUCCGCGAGGAGAUGAAUGGAGCGAUGGACCAUGGAAACAGCAACGGCAGUGACAGCAGCCCAGGACGCUCGCCCCUGCCAGCUAUGCAUCACAUCAGCAUUAAAGAGGAACCACUGGACCCCGAAGACCACGAAGGGCCCCUCUCCCUGGUAACGACCGCCAAUCACAGUCCGGAUUUCGAUCACCACAGAGAUUAUGACGACGACCAGGGCCACGAUGACAUGCUGUAAGGCUUUGCGCAGCCCCCUCCCCUCCCCAGCCUCAGAGGCCGAGGCAGUCUGGGUCAUCUGGGAGACAGAAGCGCUCCGCAGAUAACAAACACUGAACUGCAGUCUCAGCCACUGAUGACAGCUCUCAAAUGUCUCCAAGUCGACUUUUUAGUGCCAUUACAAUACAUAGCAAAAACACAGAAUACAGCCCACAUGAGGCGUCUUUUUUCUGAUUUCUUUCUACUUUUGAUUUAAGUAAAGCUUAAAAAAAGAAAACCUUCAUUUCUACCCAUGUGUCGGAUGGACUUGUUUGGUACGGGGGAGGUGACGCGUUCGCGCACCGACUCUGGGAGACCCUUGCCGUGCAGCCAGGACACGCUGUGCUCCGCGGACUGCGAGAGGGGUUGCGUCUCGCCCCCACCUACCCCCCAUCUCUCUCCUUCUCUCCCUCGGUCAGACACACACAUCUAACCACAAACUGAGGAGAGAGAGACAGACAAUGACUGACGUUUAAUUUACACAGUGUGCGUGAGUGCGUAGAUGUGUGUGAGGGAGAGCGGACUUCUGUUCAUUGUCACUGCCUUCAACACUUCUCAUUGGUUUGAUUCCAUCUGGGGUGGGAGGGAUGUUGUUUCUAUUUGGGUGUAUUUUUGUGUUGGGGGUGAGAGGUUAUAAAAUAUCAACGUUAUGUGUUUUUUUUUCCCCAUCAUUCAAUGCUGUUAUUGAUGUUGCAUCUUUAUUUUUUUUGUUCUUGUUUCUGUAAACUGAUCAGACCUCAUGCCCAUGCUGUGGAGAUUCUGUGUGGUCCGCACUUGAUGAUGAAUGUUUAUGAUUUCUUUUUCACCUUGUUCUUUUUUAAACACACACACAUGAAGCAGAAUGUCUGAUACCGAGCAGUAUUUUUCUGUCAUUUAUUCCAAAAAUCAUCAUGGAAAUGAAAAAAAAAAAGUCACCGCUCUGACAUGUAGCCCACCCCUCACCCUCUCUUCCUCCUCCUCAUGAAGUCCAUUGGCGAUGCACUACUCAUAAUGAAGGCUCUCUCCACGCAUCAAUGAAGCUUAAUUUAAGAUGCGAAUGAAUGACAGAGAAAUCAUGCAGGUUAUGGUUUAUCCUUAUGAAAUUAUACUUUAAAACAGCCCUCGCCACAGAGCAUGCUUAGCUGCAACACAAUUUCUGAUCACUUACAAGCUCCAGGGUCUUUUUUUUUUUAUAUGCAAAAUGAAAAUGUCAGGUGUGCACCUGCGAGAUAAAAAUUUCGACCAAUUAAUUGUGAUUUCAGAACACAACUGUCAUUGUUAAUCAAACUGUGUCUGGCUUUUUCCACUCUGUAAUUUCAUCCAGAGCUUGAAGAUAAAUUCCCACGUAGUUUUAUUUUGUAUCACGCGCUUUGGUCUGAUCAUUUUUAAGUUCUAGUGAUUGUUAAUGUAAUUGCACACGCGACAAAAUGCUCCUCUCUCUUUCUUCUUCAAGGGAACAAAGUCCCAGAGACUCGCAAUAAGACCGAAAACGUUGCACAUUCCAGCAUUUGACAGCCACCGUGACAGGGCCCGGACGUACAGUACACGCCGUGUUAGAGAAUGUGGAUACCUCGACGUUCAGUGUCACCCAAAAAAAAAGCCAAUGAGUUCUAGUCCACGUUGAACUGGUGGUUUUAUGAUGCAGCAGCAAAAAUUCCAGUUUUGAUAGAGUCAAAUUUUAAAGAGACCAUGAAUUUCAAGACUGCAAGCAACCACUUUUAAUUUUUUUUAUUUAUUAUUAGUAUUAUUAUUAAUAUGUUUUAUUUGGCUUUUUUUUUUUGUUCAUGUGUUUUGAUAUCUUGUUCUGUGACUACCAAAGAUAAACUACAAAGUCAAUGUUGUGUGUUCCAUGCAAUAGCAGAUAGGCCAAAUAUGUCCCCUCCAUUCUCUCCCACUGGCCGACCUCAGCGGCUGUGGUCGAGCCGGUGGCAGACUGAAUCGAGGGCCAAGCUCCUCAAACUCAUUCACUUUUAUUAAAAAAGGACAAAAUAGAACCAAAGGGGGGGGCGUCCCGGACAGGACAAGCUGCGCUAAUGUUUGGCAGUGACCAAAUCUGAACGGGAGGCGCUGACAGUCUGACUACAUGAUGAUGACCAAAUUAGGGAAACUUUUAUUGUCUUUGGGCCAGUGAGUGGAAAAAGGGAGCUUUUUGGUCAGGAACAGAUUUGUGCGCAACAUAAAGGGUAUAAACUGUAGAUAACGUUAAAAAAAAUUCUGGUAAAUGGGAAAAGCUUUGCAGAGAACAAUGUGAAAUGGAUUCUAUACUUCAACUGGACCACACGAUGAUUUGUUGUUUCUCUUCUUUUUAUUUCUUUCCAUGUUUGUAUCCUUUGAAAUGAUUGUAUGCCACUUUUUAGGGGUUUUAGUGUCUUUAUGAGGGAAGACUUUAUGAUUGUGUUUAGUUUCUGUCAACUUAUUACUUUUUAUAUUAAAAAACACUCCUGUCAACUAAUAAGCUGGGUACAAGGUACUUUAUGGCAGUUAUUGUUAUCUUUUUUUUUCUUUUCUGUUCACCGCUCAUUAACUAAAAAGGAAAAAAGGGGCAAUCUGUGGUUUCCAGAAGAUGUAUUUAAUAUCCAGGCAGCUGUGGGAUGGGUCAGUCACAGCCAGGCUCGGAUCGUGAGAACGGGGGCCGAGCUCAUCCACAACCCCCCCCCAGUCAUCACGCAGGCUGGUUUGUUUGAUAUUCAGAGAGGAAGACCAGCGCUGGUAGAUUAGAACAUUCUCAGCAUGUGUAGCCUGACAUUACUAAAGAUAACAGCAUGAGAAAAAGCCGUUAGUACGCAUACCUCAUUUCAAACCUAUAGGGAAUGAUUCAAUUAAACGAGAGAGAGAAAAAUAAAUAGAAAUAAACAAACAUUUCACUCAGUUGCACUUAGUUGUAUGUCUUGCAUGUGUAGUCUGAUACUGUAGAAAGAAAAAAAAGAGUAAAAGAAAAAAAAAAUGAAAUUAGAGCUUGUUUAGCUUAAAAGGUUUCAUCCUUUUUUUGCCAAACCAAUUCAAACCUCAGGCCUUUUGUUGGUGGAAAUAUCAGCCAGCUGUGUGUGGCACAUUCAUCCUGUCUGUCCUCUGAUGGGUUGUUUUAAGGGCGUUCCAAUAUUAGGUUGUACAUACAUGUCACUGUAGCCUUUGUCUUCUCCUCUCCUGUCCUUUCCUCUCUUUUUCUCUCUCUCCCUCUUUUCUUUUGUUUAAGAUCAAGAAAUACAUUUGUGUUAUGAUGUUUGCUUUAUCGCCACUGCUUUGUAUUAACUAUGAAAAAGCUAUGAGAAAAAAAACUGCUGUAUGUAUUGGAAUAGCAAACUGUGCUGCAAAUGUAUUUUACUUAGUAAUCCUUGCUUUAAAAAAAAAAAAAAGAAAGAAAAUUUCAAAAAAAAAUCUUCAUCCUUGCAGACAUGUGGGUGAGCUGGGCAGGGGCAGGCCGGGGGGGAGAUUAUCCCCCAUUUUGGAUUUUAAACUGUAAUAUAAAAAACAGACUUUUCUCUGUUAUCAUUGACAGAAGCAUUUUGUACAGAAUUUUUCCCCCCUUUGUGUUAAAGCUGUUUUUGAUACUUCCUUUUGAUGGUCCAACCACUGCCUUCUGUGGCUCUAUGUGAAAGGUUACUGCUCUGAGAAAAAAAGGGCACACAGGUAUAUUUCCUCUACGAGACGGUGGUAUGUUGCAUGACUAAUCCCAGGGUCACAGAGAUGUUGGGUGGGUGGGUAAUGUUUUAAGUGGUCAGUAAUAAUAUAAGGGUGUAUCAAUCUAAUGAUAUUUUAUAUGAAAUUAAUAGGAAACAGAAGAAAAAUAUGCAGUGCCAAGAUGUAAAGAAUAUUGUUAAAUGCUUUUUUUUUUGGUUUCCUUUUCUUUGUUGUUUGAGAUAUUUCAUGUCGCUCAUUCACGUGUUCUCCUCAUCAUCUGACUCUUCAUCCAGGUAAAAGACACAUUUUUAUAUAUAUAUAUAUAUAUAAAAUAUAUAUAUAUAUAUAUACGUUUUUGUUAAAUGAGCAAGCACAGCGGGCAGGUCAGAGGUGGACGCUCUCGAGUCUAACGUCCUGCAAACUGAGGCCGUGUGGCGUCACACCCCCCCCCCCGACAUCACACGUUGGCACCCGAGCUAAAAAACGCCAUUGUCUCAACCAUCAGCGACCAUCCAGGCUGCUGUCACCCCCCCCCCUUCCUUCUAUCACAUCACACUCUUUAUUUCUCCACAUGGAGGGGGUGGUAGGGAGAGAUGGGGGGGUGGGGGGAGCAGCCGAGGAGCUGUCACGGUGCUCUCAUCCUGCAGCAGCAGCAGCUUGUCUUUCUUUCUUUUUCUUUCUUUCUUUUUCUUCUUUGAAGAUGUACUCUGUAGUUUCUGUUUUUUAUAGAGAAAUAUUAUUGCUCAUCGUUUCCAUCAGUGUGUAACCUCCUCAUCAUUCCUCGUGUGUCUGAUGCAGACCACUCUGUUGUAGUCACUGGCGAUGACUGACGUGAGCAUUCUAAACAUGCAAUAAAAUGCUGGUUGUUCA